AUGUGGUCCAAGAAGGUCGAACCCGAGCAAUACUUCCUCCCUUCAACUCCGCAUGUACCCAACUCCCGACUCCCCAUCCUCGUAUACCGCAACGCCCUCUCAGACACCAGUCCCCGCAACAUCCUCGACACGAUCGAGCCGAAUGGAUGGCUUAUGGGCGGACAGUGGAAGACGUACAAAGUGCCGCAUUUCCAUGCUGAUUGCCACGAAUGUUAUGGCAUCAUCAAGGGGAAGACGACAUAUUUACUUGGGCUCGGACCAGUUGACCCCCAGUUCAAUACGGAGGGAGAGCCUAAUGGGAUGAAGCUUACUGUAGAGAAGGGCGAUGUCUUCGUCUUGCCGGCGGGAACAUGCCAUGCCUCACUUGAAUCGGAGGGCGACUAUGAAUUCAUUGGAUUGUAUCCCAACGUGAGCGUGCUCAUCUGUUCUGAUCUAUCGAACACAGGAUGA